AUGACUUGUGCCGCAGCAAACAUUGCUGAUUUCAUAAAGAGACUUUAUAGUUGGUUCACGGAGAUUUCGAUGAAAGUUGGUCUGGAUGUAAAAAUUUACUUUCAAACUUCUUUGCUCACGGUCUCCAAAAUUGGUGUGCCCGAGGUCUCGUUUCUCAAGGAAAGAAAUGUGGCUGACCCAAAAGCACCUUGGAUUCGCGAACAACGGAAGAGUCUACGCAAGCAAUUUCGUACACGUCAUGCGGGCGCAAGCUCUGGACUGAUGCUUGAGGAUAAAUCAUAUUCGAACAUUGUUUCUUGGGGGGCAACCGGAGACACCUUUGUCGUUCACGAUCCCACCGAAUUCGCCAGAACAAUAUUACCCCAACAUUUUAAGCACAACAACAUGGCAAGCUUCGUAAGACAACUAAACAAAUACGAUUUCCACAAGAUAAAAAGUAACGACGAAGAGAUAAGACAGUAUAGCGAACAGGCAUGGGAGUUUCAACAUCCAAAAUUUCAAUUGAACCGCAGGGAUUUACUAGAAGAAAUCAAGCGGAAAAUUCCAACCCCACGCAAUAGGCCAAUACAUGCGAGAACGGAUGAGCAACCAGCAACCGACGAUUCGUCCCUCGAUGAUGGCACAAGCAAUGCCGAAAAUGUAAUAAUCGUCAAUCCCCUACCAACAUUUCCCGAUAAUGGCAAUCAGGAUUUACGGUCUCAGGUGGAACACUUGACCAUGCUGCAUGCAGAAUUGGCAGGUCAGAUGAAUGUCCUGUCAAAGAAUUGCGGUACCAUCCUGGAGGAAAUAAUCACCUUUCGAAGAAAUCUUGCUGCGCAAGACCUUGUGUUGAACAAUCUAUACCAAGUCUUGGUGACCACAUUAAGCCGAGGACAAUCGCAGAGCAGGCAAUUUCAAGGCAGUUCUCCGUCACGUCACACCUCGGUAUCAACAAACGCUUCCUCGUUGUCCACAACUCACCACGAGCAACAGUAUCAAAAUAACGGAAGUCAUUCUACAGGUGAUUUCAUGUCCUCAGGGAACUCAGUUCCACGAAAUAUUGAAAAUGUAUUCAAUCAAUUGACGGAUAUCACAGGUCGAAUGCGAUCCUCAUCGUCAACCUCUCAGUCAUCGACGACAUCGUUGUUGACCACGAAUCCGACGCUUCAUCCGACAAUGAAUUUGUCCGAAACCAUUAAUGAACAAUCGGUUUUAUCUUUGAAUGAUUCUAUAAAUUACAAACCUGUGUCGGUUGACAGCACAAAUUUAACCGUAAACUUUAAUCUACAGUCUGGGACAAUGACUGCAUCGUCAAUAAGUUCAGAAACCCCGGCAACGUUUUCUCAUCAGUUUUCUUCAUCAAUAGAAACUUUUGACCCAUCACGCAUAAAUGCAACUAACGUUAGUAAUCAAUCUUCAUACAACCUAAGUCAAAUUCAACUAAGUCAAUAUCUUCCAGGACCUCGAAACGUCAAUACCACAUGCACUUCGCCAUCGGCACAGACGAUGCCUGCCACCAAUCAAGUCUACAUUCGUGGUCGACCACCCAUAUCUGUGACAAAGUGGACAGUCCAGCAGAAAUUGCUGGCAGAUGAAGAAACGUGUGACCUCACCGCGAACGGGGUUACCGCAGUGAACAAGGAAUGGUGA